AUGGACGACGGCUACUCUGCGGACGCUUACGCCUGCACCUGUUGCAUCAGCGCCCUCGGAAAGGCGUCCGGCUGGGAGUCGGCGCUGCAGAUGUUCGCGGAGAUGAGGCGCGAAGGGCCAGCGCCCAGUGCCGUCACCUGCAACGCCGCCAUGGCGGCUCUGGGCAAAGGCCAGCGAUGGGACUUGGCGUCCGAGUUGCUCCAGCAGAUGAGGCAGCCGGGAUCUGGGCUGCCGCCCGCAGAUACCGUGACGUUCAACACGGCGGCCGCGGUGGCCAAUGAGGCCCAGCGCUGGCAGUGUGCGGUGUGGCUUUGCACGCUCCUGCAACUCGAAGGCCUCCAGGCGGACGCUGUGACCCACAACAUACUUGUUGGCAGCUGCAAAGCCUCCAGUCGCUGGCAGGUGGCCGUGGGGCUGCUGUCCGUGCAGAGGCCGCAGAUUGAAGCUGUGACUGCGGCGAUCGACACGUUGGCUUCUUGCAGUCUCUGGGAGCAUGCUGUAUUUCUUCUCUUCAACAUGGCCUUGGGACUAAGGCCCAACGUGAUGACCUACGGGGCCACCAUGAAUGCUUUGGCACGAGGAGCUGCGUGGCAGCUGGCCCUCCAGCUCCUCCAUGUGAUGAAGGAGCAGACAGUCCCUCCCAAUGCAGUGGUUUGCUCCUGCGCCAUCUCUGCCUGCGAUGAGGCCGAGGAGUGGACGCAGUCACUCGCAUUGCUAGAGGCAAUGUGCCGGGGUGGACCGGCUCCAAAUCUGAUCACAUUCAACUCGGCCAUCAUCGCAUGCACACAUGCACGGAAGUGGCUGACCGCUGUCCAUCUAUUCCGACACCUCCAGCGCACGUGCCGGCCAGAUGCGGUGUCGAUCAGCUGUGUGCUGUCUGCCUUCGAGCUGUCGCCUCAGUGGUCGAAGGCCCUGGCGUUCCUUUCAGGGCUGCGUGCCCUGGGCAUCGAGACAGCAUCGGCAUCAUCCGCGGUGUUCAGCAUGUGCGGGGCGACCGGCCGAUGGGAGCAGGCCUUGGGCUCAUGUCCGUGGGUGGACACCGGCUUGGUGGCUCGCAACGCCGCCAUCGCGGCUGUUGGCGAGGGUCACGCCUGGGCUGCAUCGACGGAGCUGCUGGUUGGGCUUCUCCAGCAUGGACGGCCGGACUCAGUCACCCUGGGGGCCAUGGUGUCUACGUGCGCGCGGGCGGAGGAGUGGCCCGGCGCCCUCAAGAUCUUUUCCACGCUGCCUCGGCUUCGGGCCACGGUCGACCUUGUCUGCGCCAAUGCCGCUGCCAGUGCACCAAGGAAGCGCUGCUGGCAGCAGACUUUGCAACUCCUCCAGUGCAUCCCUUUGCGCCGGCUGCGCGGGGACGUGAUCUCCACCAAUACUGGGCUGGCGGCCUUGGCGCAGGUCUCCAAUUGGCGCCUGGCAAUGGACUUGCUAGCACAGGCCAUCGACUCUGGCAUCCGACCGACGGAGAUCACGUGGAACGCCCUCUCCGUGGCUUGCGCGGGCUCCUCUCAGUGGCAGCUCUGCUGUUGGCUUUCUCUCAGGUCCGGCGUCCGCGAUGUCGUCUCGCUGAGCCCGGCUGCUGAAGCUUGCGAGAAGAGCCGCGAGGCCAGCGGCACGCUCGUUGCUCUUUUGGAGGAGAUGGCUGCAACGGCCUGUCUUCUCUGCCAGCCCAAGCCCGUGUAA